AUGACAAAUACUCUUGCGCCGCAGUUGCUGGUCGACCUAAGUGACUUCAUCAUGGGGAGCACGGUAGCUAAAUGUGCUGUCACCGACCUCGGCAUCCAAUGGGCCGGCUGGGCGCUGGCGGCGGCGUUCAAAACCGAGAAGUUCUACGACUUGGCAGGAUCUGGCACGUUUAUACUGCUUGCCCACCUGAGCCGUCUAUGGGGAAGGGCAGGCCACUUUCGUCAGAAUGUCCAGACAGGGCUGGUUACAGCGUGGGGGCUCAGGCUGGGUACAUUCCUCUUCAUGCGGAUCUUGAAGGACGGCCAAGAUCGAAGGUUUGACCAUGUCCGAGGGAGCCCAGGCACUUUCUUUGUGUACUGGACUAUUCAAGCUGUGUGGGUGUUUGUGACUCUGCUGCCCACCCUUAUGCUCAACAGCGAAACGCGGGACACACCUCUGGGAACGAGGGACUAUCUCGGUUGGACCCUCUGGGGCAUCGGCUUUGCCACCGAAGCUAUCGCUGAUCAGCAGAAAUUAAUUUUCAAACGGGACCCAGAUAAUAUCGGUAAGUUCAUCCAGAGCGGACUGUGGGCCUACAGCAGACACCCCAAUUAUUUUGGAGAGAUACUGCAGUGGUCAGGUCUGUGGCUCUCAGCCUCGUCAGUGAUGCAAGGUCCUCAGUACCUGAGUGUCGCGUCACCGCUAUUUGUCUGGUUCCUGCUGCGCCAUGUCAGUGGCAUUCCCAUCCUCGAAAGGCAGGCCAUGAAGAAGUGGGGGUCAGACCCAGGAUACCUGGACUACCUCAAGAACACUCCAAUUCUGUGGCCAUGGCCAAAGUUUUGA